AUCCAUAUCAUCUCCCUCACUCACUGCCUCCCUCCCUACCCACUCCCCUUCAUCCCUUUCAAUGGCUGCCACUGCUGCUUCUUCAACUACCUUCCAUCUCAAUCCACCACCAAACCGCCAUAACUCCAUCUCAAAGCUCCCGUUUCUAUCUCUGCAACGCAGCCGGCAGCCAUGGCCAACACAGUUCCCCCUCAUAUCAUGUUCCUCUUCAAUCAAUUUCCCAAACAAGCUAUCUCGUCUUCCAUUUGGUUUCACUUUGUGCUCCGCUUCUUCACAGGACGAAACCCUAGUUACCGAAGAUGAAAACGAUGUCCUUGUUGAUGGUUCUCUGCCUCCUCAGGAAGAUGCAGAAGGUACAACUACAGAGGAUGAUGGUGAUGAUUCAACGGAGAGUGACGGUGCAGCAUCAGAAGAAUCACCCGUAACCAUUUUAUCAUCACUGCAGUCAUACAAAGAGGCCUUAGCGGAUAACAACGAGGCGAAAAUAUCCGAAAUAGAAACUUAUUUAAAAUCAAUUGAAGAUGAAAAACUGGUCUUGGAAAGGAAACUGGCAACGCUGUCGGAUGAACUUUCAACUGCGAAAGAUCGAGUGCUUCGAAUAAGUGCGGAUUUCGACAAUUUCAGAAAAAGGACAGAACGGGAACGGAUUUCGUUGGUGGCAAAUGCGCAAGGUGAAGUUGUGGAAAAUCUUUUGCCUGUUUUGGAUAACUUUGAGCGCGCUAAAGCUGCGAUUAAAGUGGAAAACGAGAAAGAGGAGAAGAUUAACAAUAGUUACCAAAGUAUAUACAAGCAGUUUGUGGAGAUUUUGGGUUCUCUUGGUGUUGUUCCUGUGGAGACAACUGGACAGCCGUUUGAUCCAUUGCUGCAUGAAGCGAUUAUGCGUGAAGAGUCAACUGAAUUUGGGGAAGGUGUGGUAAUUCAAGAAUUUCGCAAGGGGUUCAGAAUCGGUGAAAGACUUCUACGCCCGUCAAUGGUUAAGGUUUCGGCUGGUCCAGGACCUGAAAACACUGAACCAGUGAGCCCUUCAGGACCGGAGGCUCAAGCUCCAGGUGCAGACUCAGUUGAGGAACCAGAGGAAGUUGACCAGUCAGAACCGUCUCCAGCCCAGGACGAAUGAUACGGUUAUGUGUUGAUUAAUUGAUUUACAGUUAGUGAACUCAUUAAUUACUUGGCAGGAGGGGUGUGUCAUGCCUUUGCCUCCUAUAUUAAUUAUUAAGAGAUUGAAACCGGUUUUUCAAAAAACUAUCGCUUUAAUGCUUGGCAAACAUUUGUUCUUGUUUUGUAUUUUUGUCUGUUCACAACUUCACAUAUAUAUUUUUUUUAGCUAAAACUAAUGUUUUCAUGGGGUC